CUACAAGAAGAUGGCGACCACCAACGGUUGGCUGGGGGCUCGUUACGACUGCGUCUUGGAGGGCGGCGACCUGAUCUCCAUCACCUCGCCAUACGAGGAAAUCUUUGUGAAGGAGCAAAUGGGCGACAAGCCGUUCUGGAUCGGACGCUCCAAUCUGAAAUGCAACCAGGCCUGGUGUCAGUUUUUUGAAGCGGGAGAAAAAAGCCUGUCUUUGUUCGACGACACCGCUGCGACGCCGACCUAUGCCAACUGGGACUCGCGUCAAGGAAGAAUCGCCGACGUUGGUUCCUGCGCGUACGUCAACCAAGGUGCACACGGAGGCAGUCAGCCUGGCAAGUGGAGACAUGGCUCGUGCGGAUCCUCCUUGGCGUACAUGUGCGAGCGGCCGCUCGACGCCUGCCCGGAGGGACGGCUGUGUUCCUACAAAGACUACGGAUUAGGCUACAAUCGAGUGGAGAGACUCUUGCUAUCACUUUGA